AUGACUUCCUCCAACCCCCACAACUUCGCCAACCUCCCCAAAGACGAACUCAAAGAAAUCGCCGCAAAAGGUGGUCAUGCCUCCCACGGCGGCCACGGCGGCCACAGCAACACUUCGUCUACCGGCACCGCCGACCGCAAUCCCGACGGCACCUUUAAAAAGGGCUCUGAGCUUGCCAGCGAACUCGGUGCUCAGGGCGGCCACGCCUCCCACGGCUCCUCCAACACUGACGGCUCCUCUGGCCAGCCUGGCCGCAAUCCCGACGGCACCUUCACCAAGGGUUCCAAUGUAGCCAAGGAACUAGGUUCCCAAGGCGGUCAUUCAACGCACGAUGGCCACGCAACCACAGGCGCAGAGGACAGCGGCCGCAACCCCGACGGCACAUUCAAAAAGGGAAGUGAACUUGCCCAUGAACUUGGUGUCAAGGGCGGCCAUGCCUCCCACUAG